AUGAGCAUGGAGCUGGCAGCAAUGGGGCCUGGAGCUUCGGGAAAUGGGGCCAGCACUGCGACAGUUCCACGCUCAGCACUGGGUCCUGGAGUCAGCCUGCAUGCCUACGACAUCGCGGUCCUGGUCGUCUACUUUGUCUUCGUCAUUGGCGUGGGGGUCUGGUCGUCCAUCCGUGCCAGCCGAGGGACCAUUGGCGGCUACUUCCUGGCAGGAAGGUCCAUAAGCUGGUGGCCAAUCGGAGCAUCUCUGAUGUCCAGCAAUGUGGGCAGCGGUUUGUUCAUCGGCCUGGCUGGGACAGGGGCCGCUGGAGGCCUUGCUGUGGGUGGCUUUGAGUGGAACGUAAGGAAGUUGGCCGGAGGAUUCUCAUGGAUAAAGGGGAACAUGGAUCCCUUUUUCUCCCCACUCUCCCAGGCAACCUGGCUGCUUCUGGCCCUCGGCUGGAUCUUUGUCCCCGUGUACAUCGCAGCCGGUGUGGUCACAAUGCCGCAGUACCUGAAGAAGCGAUUCGGGGGCCAGAGGAUCCAGGUGUAUAUGUCUGUCCUUUCUCUCAUCCUCUACAUCUUCACCAAGAUUUCAACUGACAUCUUCUCUGGAGCCCUCUUCAUCCAGAUGGCCUUGGGCUGGAACCUUUACCUCUCCACUGUGAUCCUGCUGGUGGUGACAGCCGUCUAUACCAUCACAGGGGGCCUCAUGGCCGUGAUCUACACAGACACUCUGCAGACGGUGAUCAUGGUGGGGGGAGCCCUGGUCCUCAUGUUUCUGGGCUUUCAAGAGGUGGGCUGGUACCCGGGCCUGGAGCAGAGGUACAGGCAAGCCAUCCCUAAUGUCACAGUCCCCAACACCACCUGUCACCUCCCCCAGCCCGACGCCUUCCACAUGCUCCGGGACCCUGUGAGCGGGGACAUCCCUUGGCCAGGCCUCAUUUUCGGGCUCACGGUGCUGGCCACAUGGUGCUGGUGCACCGACCAGGUCAUCGUGCAGCGGUCUCUCUCCGCCAAGAGUCUGUCCCACGCCAAGGGGGGCUCCGUGCUGGGGGGCUACCUGAAGAUACUUCCCAUGUUCUUCAUCGUCAUGCCUGGCAUGAUCAGCCGGGCCCUGUACCCAGAUGAAGUGGGCUGCGUGGACCCUGACGUCUGCCAAAGGAUCUGCGGGGCCCGCGUGGGAUGUUCCAACAUUGCCUACCCCAAGCUGGUCAUGGCUCUCAUGCCCGUGGGUCUGCGGGGCCUGAUGAUCGCAGUGAUCAUGGCCGCCCUCAUGAGCUCACUCACCUCCAUCUUCAACAGCAGCAGUACCCUGUUUGCCAUUGACGUGUGGCAGCGCUUCCGCAGACAGGCAACAGAGCAGGAGCUGAUGGUGGUGGGCAGAGUGUUUGUGGUGUUCCUGGUCGUCAUCAGCAUCCUCUGGGUCCCCAUCAUCCAAAGCUCCAACAGCGGGCAGCUCUUCGACUACAUCCAGUCUGUCACCAGCUACCUGGCCCCGCCCAUCACUGCCCUCUUCCUGCUGGCCAUCUUCUGCAAGAGGGUCACAGAGCCUGGAGCCUUUUGGGGCCUCAUAUUUGGCCUGGGGGUGGGGCUUCCGCGCAUGAUCCUGGAGUUCUCGUACCCCGCCCCAGCCUGUGGGGAGGCAGACCCGAGGCCGGCCAUGCUGAGAGACUUCCACUACCUCUACUUUGCACUCCUCCUCUGUGGGCUCACGGCCAUCGUCAUCGUUACUGUCAGCCUCUGCACAACCCCCAUCCCUGAGGAAAAGCUCGCUCGCCUGACGUGGUGGACACGGCACUGUCCUCACUCUGAGCUCAAGAGGGAGGCGCGGGAGAGCACAGCAGGGCCAGCGGACGUGCCAUCUGGGGAGGGUCCUACAGGGGCCGGAGGGACAGAGGAGCCCAGGCACGGCCAGGAACAGCCUGCAGCCCCACGCAGGUCCUGGGGACAGCUGCUCUGGGGCUGGCUGUGCGGUCUCUCGCGGGCCCCGGAGCAAGCGCUGAGCCCCGCGGAGAAGGCCGCGCUGGAGCAGAAACUGACCAGCAUCGAGGAGGAGCCGCUCUGGAGAAGCGUCUGCAACAUCAACGCCGUCCUCCUGCUGGCCGUCAACAUCUUCCUCUGGGGCUAUUUUGCGUGA